AUGGCUGCAACGACGAGGUUGCAAGCUGCAACGGCGAGGCUGCUACCCAACAACGACGAGGCUACGAUGGUGAAGGUUGCAAGCUGCAACGGCGAGGCUUAUACCCGACGACGGCUAGGCUAUGACGGCGAGGUUGCAAGCUGCAAUGGUGAUGCUACGAUGGCGGUGCAUGAGGGAGGGUACGACAACGAGCUGAUGUUCGUUGAGAAUGAAUUAAAUGUUCAUACACGUACAUGGCCCUUCCGGUUUGACGUCCAAGGGUACAGAGGUGGACUCCCAGCCUUGCUCUACCGACCGGAGACAUGGACCAAGGUGAGCAAUAUAAUCUUUAUUGAUAGUCCUGUUGGGUCUGGGUUCUCGUACGGCACAUUGGAGGAAGGGUUCAUAUCUAGUGAUACCACGGCAGUUAAAAGGCUAGUCGUCUUUCUCAAAAAGUGGUUACGUGGACACCCCCAGUUCCUCUCAAAUUCACUUUAUGUUGGCGGUGAAUCAUAUUGUGGUAUGAUCAUACCCACUCUUGCCCUGGAAAUACACAUAUCAAAUAAAGAAUCUGGCGAAGAACCACUUCUUAACCUCAAGGGGUACUUUGCCGGGAAUCCAGUGACUGACGACAGGUUUGACACCGCUGGUAAAGUCCAAUUUUUUCAUGGCAUGGGAUUGCUAUCGGACGAACUUUACGAGAAUGCAAAGAAAAUUUAUCCACAGUUUGCCAUGGAGAACUGCGGAGGAAAUUAUAGUGAUCCACCCAAUGUGUUAUGCGCCGAGUCCAUCCAAGCUAUUGACGAUAGCGAUGCCCAACAGCUAUCUUAUAUCUGGGCAAAUGAUGAGGGAGUAAGGGAGAGUCUUGGCGUUCGCAAGGGAACAAAGGGGGAAUGGAAAAGAUGUGAUCGCGACCUACCGUACGCUAGAGAUAUCACAAGUACAGUAGAGAUUCAUUCGAGGCUACGCAGACAAGGAUAUCCAGCGCUGAUAUACAGCGGCGACCAUGAUAGCAAGUUUCCCUUCGUUGGCACGCAAGCAUGGAUAAGAUCUCUUAACCUGUCUAUCACAGAUGACUGGAGACCAUGGCCAAGUUGCUGGGUAAGUUGUCCUGUGCCUGCUGAAAGUUCCUUCUUUGGGGGUCUAUUCCACGGUAUUAACUUAUUUUCUCCAACAUAUGGGGAAAAACGAUAUUUGAAUGUUCAGCAAAUUCCUGAACAUAUCUUUCGAAGUGUUACGACAAUAUUUUGGAGCUUAAACAUCUUUGCCUAUGACAACAUUCAGUACAACUGCAUAACCAUUUUUUAUCCGAUUGAAGUCUUCAACUAAUUUUAGAGCAAAAUGUCUUCACCUAAUCAACAUUGGCAGGUUAGCGUUGCCUAAGUCUUACACUGCUAAAAUAAAUUUGAUUUUUCCAAAUUCACAAGAAGUUACUCGACUGACCUAACAUAUGCAACUGUGAAGGUAAGUGCUUCAGACACUUAAUAUUUUCUUUUCCAGAGCAUAACUAAACCAGGAUAAACUCUACUGCCCUAGUCAGUGGAUGUAUUAUAAUAUCAUAAGCAUAUAUCUGUGGAUUACCAUGUAGGGUGCUGGGCAUACUGCUCCAGAGUACAAGCCCAAGGAGUGCCUCGAGAUGUUCGCAAGAUGGCUUUCGGGUGACCCUCUGUGAAUGGCGACCUCCGUUUGGAUGAGCGUGUGUCAGUACGUGUCUGUCGCAUCUAGACAAUAAAUAAGGUUCCUAGGUAGAACCAACAUUGUUUUGCUUGCUUGGAUGUACACUCCUUGCACAAUUUGGUCAUGUUAAGUUGUGCAGCUUUUAAAAAAAA